AUGAUUGAAGAAGGUCAAUACGACAUUGUUGAUUCAGGUUUUUUAUGUGAAUGGAAACUUAAGAAAUUGAUUACUUUAUUCAUCAAAAGAAAAAAAAUACACAAAAAUAAGAUUUUUUUUGUUUUUGAAAUUAUGGGAAAUUUUGUUGGACCAAGAAAAAAAUUAUCAAGAGAAGAUUUAACAUUUCUUAAAGAGAAUACACAUUUUACUAAACGACAAAUUAAACAAUGGUAUAAUGGAUUUAUUCGUGAUUGUCCAUCAGGUCAAUUAAGUAAAAAAAAAUUUAUUGAAGUCUAUUCAGGUUUUUUCCCUGAUGGUAAUGCUGAAAAAUUUUGCACCCAUGUAUUUCGUACAUUUGAUAAAGAUAAUUCUGGACGAAUUGAUUUUAAAGAAUUUUUAUUAGCUAUUAAUAUUACAUCAGGUGGUAAUCCAGAAGAAAAAUUAGAAUGGGCCUAUCAAAUGUAUGAUAUUGAUGGUAAUGGUACAAUUGAACGAACGGAAAUGGUUGAAAUAAUUAGGGCUAUUUAUUCAAUGCUUGGUACAGAUAAUACAGCUGUUGAUAUUAGUCCAGAAGCUAGAGCUGAAGAAAUUUUUGAUAAAAUGGAUGAAAAUGGUGAUGGUGUAUUAACACGUGAAGAAUUUAUGAAAGGUUGUAUGGAAGAUAGUCAACUUAAAGCUAUGCUAUUAGCUGAUGAUCCAGUUGAAUAA